ACCACAUCCGCCCGCCCACCAUGCCCGCCAAACGCAUCUCCCACGAGGAAGUGCCAGACGACAAUCACGGCGAAGGCUGCUCGCGCGACGUCCUCUCCGCGUCGCCAGCCGCGCCCUCUGCGCUGCCGCCGGCGUAUGGCGGCGACAUGUUUGAGAAGAGCGAGAAGGUCGAGGACAGCAGUGGCAUGACGGGCAAGACUGGCAGCGGCAAGCAGCCCGAAGCUCGGCUGAGCAGCGAGAAGGAGAAGGAAAAGGCUGUCGUCGUGCCUCGAGUGGCUGAUAGCGGCGCCGUGGCAAGUGCGCAGCCUCAACUCUACGGCUCCUCCGCCCUCGCUUCCUCCUCUUCGCGUCCGCCACCUUCCGCUGCGCAAGAGAAGCAGCAGCAGAUUCCUCAGACGCAGCGCAGCGCAGCGACGCUCCCCGCGCCUCGGCCGCGCGAUCCCUACAAGCCCGACGGGCCACCCAGCGUCAAAGAGGCCGUGUACGUGCUCGGCGAAGGCGACGAGGAGCAGUACGCUACCCCGCGUGCUUCCUUCCAUAGCAGAAGGCACCAUGGCAAGCAGACAGAUGCAGAUGGGAAGCGCAAGGGAUGGGCAGGCCGUCUGCUGGAGCGCAUCGGGCGACUGUUUGGGAAGAAGAAGGGGAAGGGAAGAGCUCGAUGAGCGAGGUGCUGGCGCCCUGGAGCAGCUACCUGGAGCAAUGCAUGAGAUGACGCGGGACGAGAGAGAAGGAGUGCAUGGCGCCGAAAGUCGAGGCUGCGCUCACACGAGGAGCGAGUCAGCGGCUGUCUCUCAGGCAGAGAUAACAGGGCCUCGCGACCAGGCGCCGGCGCGGAGCCAGCCGCCCCACUGCGCCAUGCUCCUACGUGUCUGUCGAAAGCCAGCUGUCCCGCUCAUUGCCUCGCCACGUGAUUGGUGCUCGACUCGUAAUAGCAUUGCCCGUUCCCUUCUCCCUUCUCUUCCAGUCCCUUCCAUGCCAGGCAUCAUCGACGCGCCGUCUGGGCCUAAACAAAG